AUGACUCAAAGUAGGGUGACCGAGACCCGUGGGGGCAGCUCAGUUGCUAUUUCAGAGCCCGUUCCAGUUUUGCAGCUUCGUGGUGCAACCAGUAACCAUCCGACAAAAGAUCUCGAUGAAGGUCAGCGCAGUAAAGUCCACUGGAAAGAAGACGUUGUGGAUAAUGAGCACAUGAAUAAGAAAAAGUCUAAAGUCUGUUGCAUAUUCCAUCCUCAGCAAAACUUCGAAGACAUAGACGCAAAGGAAUGCGACCAUCAUCAUUCUCACGACGAAGCGUCAUCUUCAUCCUCAUCUUCAUCCUCCGAAUCAGAUGCUGAGAACUCUAGGGGGAUGGAUUUUGAGAGCAGAAGGAAGGCCAGGAAGGAAAGACGUCACCGCAAGCUUCAGCAGAAGCGGUCUUCGAGUCCAAACGCAUACGAAGUUCAGCCAGACUACAGCAAGUAUCGAGAUAAAUCUACUAACACCAAUGUCGAUCGGGCCGAAAGUUAG